GCAGCUGCUCAGUUUUGUUUUUCUGUCUCUGGGCCGUGCACUCCCACUCCUCUGCGCGUUGGUCGUCUCCGCAGUCGCACACAGACCGUUGGGUGCGUGGUAUAUUUGCACACGGCGGUAGAUGUUCUUUCAUCACUUCCCUUUCCUUUCUUCUUUGGUUCUGUGUGUGCUGGCUUACGACGGUAACUAAGCGACUAUUUUUUUUUUGCUUUCUUUUCGUUUCUUGUUUUCUCUUUCGGGAGUUCGGCUGCUGUGACUAUUCGAUGUAUGGAGCAAGCGGAAUCGGCUCCUCUCCUCUCCUUUCUUUUUCUCUUUUCUUUUGCACCGCCAGCUCCUCCUGUCGCCGUCGUCUACCGCACACCGCGCAGCAGCUGGCUGAUCUCCCACCGCAUCCUCGCAAGAAAUAAUCUGAUACUUUUUCUCACUGAAUUUUCAUCCUCAGCUAAAAAUUUAUUUUUUUAUCUAACGUCGCUUCCUCCGAGAGAACUAUUACCCAAAUUUUUACUUCCUGCUUUUGUCUUGUAUUCACUUCCCUCCUCCCUCUCUGACUUCACCGAAACACGCUGUGGAAGCGCUGCGAAAACGGAAGGAGGGCAUUCAUCGCCGAUCUUUCCUUUUGUAUUUACCGUUUUGGGGGUAUUUUCUCUUUCCUUCUGCGACGCGCUCUCCCCUCCCCCGCUCCUUUCCUUUCUUUUUCCCUCGGCCGUCCUCCGUCUUGGUCUCUCGCACUUCGCUUCUGAGGGAGGCAACAGAGGACUCUCGUACAGUCGGUAUCAGCCGCUUCGCCGUCGCAGCUCACAGAAGUCAACCACACCCUUUCCGCGUGGUUUUUUGUUUUUCAGCCAAAUCGGUCGCUCUUUUCUUUUAGGAGCUUCGAUGCUUGUGGGUCGUGCUCCUCCGCUCUUCUCUCUUUCUCUUCCCCUUUCUGUAUAUUCCUCUCCCCUCUUUUUGUAGUUCGGUGCCACGCCAUGGGGAGUCGCAGGUCAAAGGAAGCGGCGGAGCUGAAGAAGUCGCAGCCGCGGAACCUCCGUUUCUUUCGGUGCUUCUGCUCCCCCGUCGCCGACGCCGUCGCACCGCACACGCCCCCCGCUGCGUCGGCACGAGCAACCGACGCCACGACGGCGCCGCCGCGCAGCGACACGCUCGAAAAGUUGCCGCAGGCGGAGGCGGACGACCUCGUUACGCCUUUCCGCGCCGAAACUUCGUCUCCGCCCGACAUCGCGCAGUCGGCUGUUGCGUCAGCGACGAUGAGCAGCGGUGCUCCUUCACGGAUGCGAGAGGAGCCGGCGUGGGCGAGCUCGCCUCUGCGGGCGCUGCAACUGAGCACGCAGUACGUGGAGCGGCGCUCGAGCAUCUGUACCACGCUGCCGGACUCAGAGGCGGCUUCCCCACCGUGCCGGCUGUCCCGCGUGACGCAGCUGUCGUCUGCCCCGUCCACACCAUCACGGCAGUAUCAGCAGUAUCAGCAGCAGCUCUCCUCCUCACCGGCCAUGCGAACUCGCAUGCCUUUGUCGUUCUCCCCGCUGCUGAGCCCCCGCCACUACUACGCCAACACGCCGUAUUCCUGCGAACAGGACUUACCGCAGCUGCGCGCGCUGCCUGUCCCCGAUAGCCGCCUCCUCGUCUUCAACACGCAGAUGGCAGGCACGCUGCCGAUGCUCGUGAACGGCGCCACGCAGCACAACUUCAUCUCCCUCCACGCCGACCACGACGUCACCGCCACCACCGACGCGACAGACCGCUUCGCCUCCAACGGCCGAGCCUUCCCCCUCGCUCUCCGUCCACCGCCCAACAUGCCGAGCAGCGCGACGGAAGCCGCCGCCACGAGGUCUUCGCCGAUGCGGCCGAGGCCGCCGCACUCCCGCAGCGCCUCCUCCUUCUCCUCUGCGUCGCGCUCACUUCACUCCGGCUCGCUCAUCUCGUCCAGCUCCGUGGCCAGCCUCAUCGAUCAGGACCCGAUGGAAGGCGGCACGAAACGGGCACCGCUGACGGAGCAUGGCUUCGCAACGUGGCAGAACAGCAGUACCACAAUGGCACCCCCCGACGCGGCGAAGUCAUCCCCUCAGCCCCGCGACGGCGUCUCGCCCAACCCGGUCGGCGCGUCGAUCCUCAUGCCGCGCCGACCCAGCUCCCACGGCUCCGUCGACACGACGCUGGGUAGCACCAGCCUCGUCUCGGCCCGCUACCACAAGAGCUCUCGCGAGACGGAGGGAUCGAAGGAGGUGGAGACGGUGACGGACUUCGUGGCCCGCAUGAAAUCCGCUAAGACGAGGGCCGAGGGCGACAGCGGUGACCGCGGUGGCGGCACGCCGGACUCAGCGGAGUUGAUCGACGGCGGCGGCGGCGGCAGCGGAGAGACGGCCGGGUGGGCCUCACGUAGGGGGAGCGGCAAGCUCGACAGCGCCGGCCGUGCCGCGGUGACCGUCUCCGUCCCGCCGCCCCCGCCCCUGCGCAUGAGCAGCGAUAGCGGCGGUUGGACCCGUCCACACCGGCACCCACCCUCGCUGAACAGCUCCGCGGAUGUGCCCUCGCAGCUCUCCUCGCCGGAGCCGCUGCCCACCCUUCCACGUCCCAUCAGCAACACCUCCAUCUCUCUCCCCUCUCCGCCGUCCAACGACCACGACGCGACGAGUAACGGAAGCGGUCGCUCCAAUACGUCGCACCGCCGCCGAGACGUGAAAGCAAGUGUGGAGGCGGUCCUCGCACACAUGAGCAGCAGCAGUGCUCCGUCGCCGUCUGCAGCGAGUCGGCGGAAGCGUCGAGACAUGGCAGUUAAUUUUCUCUUUUCCCCGUAA